UAAAUUCUUUCCUUUUCCUCUUCUCUUCAAUCUUUUUUAAAAACCAUCUCCUCACCCUGAAAUUCUCUCUUAACUACUACUGCUUUAGGAUUUCUUCAGGUGUUAACAUAUUAUUAGCUUCUCAAGUGCAAAGAAGACAAGAUGAAUUCAAACAACUGGCUUUCAUUUCCUCUUUCUCCAACUCAUUCAUCUUUACCACCUCACAAUUUUUCUUUAGGUCUUGUUCAUGAAAACAUAGACACCCCUUUCUCUAACCAAGCAGAAUGGAACUUGAUUGGGGCACAAGGUAGCAAUGAUCAAGUCCCUAAAGUUGCUGAUUUUUUGGGUGUGAGCAAGUCAGAAAACUCUUCAGAACUUGUGACAUACAAUGAUAUGCAAACAGGUAAUGACACAGAUUAUCUGUUCACAAACAGCAGUUUGUUGCCACAAGUUCAAAACACUUUAUCUGCCACACCUACAAGCUAUGAACUUCCAGAAAAUUCAAGCACUUUGCAGUCUUUGACAUUGUCUAUGGGUAGUGGAAAGCGUUCGACUUGUGAAACAAGCACCGGUACUGAUAACACUAGCAAUGAUAAUACCAAUACUACUACAAGUGUUGUUGAAGCUAACCCUAGAAGGACUUUGGAUACUUUUGGUCAAAGAACCUCAAUCUAUCGUGGUGUAACUAGGCAUAGAUGGACAGGAAGAUAUGAAGCUCAUUUAUGGGAUAAUAGUUGUAGAAGAGAAGGGCAAUCAAGAAAAGGACGUCAGGUUUAUCUAGGUGGAUAUGACAAAGAAGAGAAAGCAGCUAGGGCUUAUGAUAUGGCUGCACUCAAGUAUUGGGGAACUUCUACUACCACCAACUUUCCGAUUACUAACUAUGAAAAGGAAAUUGAAGACAUGAAACACAUGACUAGACAAGAAUUUGUAGCAUCUAUUAGAAGGAAGAGUAGUGGAUUUUCACGUGGUGCAUCGAUGUAUCGAGGUGUAACCAGACAUCAUCAGCAUGGAAGAUGGCAAGCAAGAAUAGGAAGAGUUGCAGGCAACAAAGAUCUCUACUUGGGAACUUUCAGCACUGAGGAAGAAGCGGCUGAAGCGUAUGACAUAGCAGCUAUAAAAUUUCGAGGACUAAGCGCCGUUACAAAUUUUGACAUGAACCGUUAUGAUGUUAAAAGUAUACUUGAAAGCAACACUCUACCCAUCGGUGGAGGAGCGGCGAAACGCUUAAAAGAGGCUCAAGCAAUUGAGUCAUCAAGAAAGCGCGAAGAAAUGAUCGCUCUUGGCUCGGGUUUUCCUUUUGGAACCUCGGCCAACGCGGGUGGUGUGUUACAAGCCUACCCUCUUUUACAACAACCAUUUGAGACACAAGCACCACAACCUUUGCUAACUUUACAUAACCCUGAAAUCUCUCACUAUUCCACUCAAGACCCUCAGUUUCACCAAAGUUACCUACAAUCCCAUCAUCAUCACCCUUAUAACAUGCAUGGCUCUCACCAAUCUUCAAGUCAAACACCGCAGUUCUACAAUAGUUAUCUUCAAAACAACCCGGUUUUGCUUCAUGGGUUGAUGAACAUGGGUGGAUCUUCAUCUUCUUUGAUGGAUGGUACUAACAACAACGGUGGUAGCUCGAGUGGGAGCUAUAGCGGCGGAGGGUAUUUAGGUAAUUUUCUUGGUCAGUCAGGGAAUACCGCCGAGGAGCUAGCCAUGGUUAAGGUUGAUUAUGAUAAUUUGCCAACAGAGAACAACUAUGCUGGCUGGUCUGGUGAUUCAUCGGUUCAAGAAUCAAACCCAAGCGUUUUCACAAUGUGGAAUGACUAAUUAACGUGAUCAGAAAGAUCGAAGGACAAGCAAAAAGUUGAAUAUUCUGAUAAUAACAGUUUUUAUUUUUCUUGUUUUGUAAUGGUUUUAACUUUAAUGAAUGUUCAAGAGGGUGUACCGAUCCAAAUUUUGGUUUUUAGUAGCAUCAUUUAUUAUUGCACCACGGAAAUUAUAACCAUA